AAUACGUUCAGAUUGCUUGUUAAGCUACAUUAAGUAACAAUGAAGGGAUAUUUCGUUUUAAUAUUGUGUGCUUUAGUUUUGAAUGUGGAAUCCUAUAAAACCGAAAAUGAGCUAGACUAUGAUUGUCCAGAAAUUUGUCCGAAAAUUAUCGAGCCUCUUUGUGCAUUCGAUGGCAAUAAUAAGUUCAAGUAUUUCCACAAUGAAUGCUUGAUGAGAUUCAAUAAAUGUCGCAAUGGAAGUUCAUGGACACCAACUCACAUGACACUGUGCUUGCACCAGAUUGAUCCGCUUGUUCUGCAAGAUUGCUUGAGACCAUGUCCAUUUAUUUAUGAUCCAAUUUGUGCUUCAAAUGGAGAAUAUACCGAAGUUUUUGGAAACAAUUGCAUUUAUGAUAUGGAAAAUUGUUUUACAAAUAAUAAAUGGAAACAAAUUAAAACAAAUGAUUGCGGUCUCGAAGAGGAUUAAUGCGAAUUUGUUUGCUUGAAUUAAAAAUGUUUCUCAGGCACUUUUGGUAUACGGUAGGUUCCUACUCGAUAUAAUUAACAGAUUGUGGUUGAAAUAAAAAUUUGAUAUUUUAAGCUAA